AAGACUGUUUUAGGUUUUUGGUUAUCAGUUAUGACAAUCAGUGUUUUAUUGUAUAUGUUUUAUACAAUUCUCAGUACCUUUUCUCCAGCAUUUGGAUGGGUUCAGGUCAUAAUAGGAAAUAUAACAUUUCAAUCAUGGAUAUAUUAUAUUUGUGAUCAUGGCCAAGAUCUUGUCACUACGUGGGAACAGUUGCAAGAGGGGGUGUAUUCUAUGGAAUGGUACAAGUGGAAUAUGGAAAAUAUAAAAAUCUAUCGCACAUUUUCACUAAACAUGAAAGCAGAACCGCUUAAAUUAUCUGCCGUAUUGGAAAUCAAUUUUGAAUUGUUUAAAGAAAUUGUAAAGAUGUUUUACUCUUUUGGGAAUAUCUUGUAUUCUACACAACAUAGAGGAGGUUCAAUAAAAAUCGCUUAGAGCACAAGAAACUCAUUUACAUUUCGUAGUUUCACACAGAUUUGCUUAA